CAUUUAGGGAAGGCAGAAAGUAGGUCAGGGACGGAGGUGCCUGUUUACCCGCGCUGGACUCACCGCCGCCGCCGCCGCGGGAUCGGAGUGGGGGCGCGGGCGCGGGCGCUCUCGGCGAGCCACGGUAGUGCUGGCUAGAGUGCAUGCUUUUGGACCCAAGCUCAACUCUUCAAAUGUGGAAUCCUAGGCCUUCAUUGGGCAGACAGAUGGGCAAGUGCGUUUCCAAAAGGUUUCCAGUCAUUCCGAGUUGAGACAGAAAGGAUCAUCUGAUUGCCUGGGAGUGGACCAGUCAAGCACGCCUGCCGUUCCUCCAGCACAUGAACAAGAUGCAGAUGAACUUUCCCAGAACUUUGUUCAACUUCAGGCAGUCUCUGAACGAAGCUGACUGCCUGGAAGGAAACUAUAAAACAUGAAAAUCACUUUGAGGUGACCAGCAAGUCCAGUGGCUCCUCACCCCUCCCAGGGCGGACCUGAGGUUGAGGAACUGCAGCUUCAGAUGAGGAAACUUGGGCCCGGAGAGGAGGAGUGACCGCCCCAGUCUCGUCGUGCGGAGCUCGGACCCCCGGCUGCGGGCCGCACACGGACCUCUUCCACUCAGUUAGGAGCUGGCGUUCCUUGUAAGACCUCCAAUGGCGGACCAGAGAAUGGACAUUUCUUCAACAAUCAGUGAUUUCAUGUCCCCAGGCGCCAGCGACCUCCUCUCCAGCCCCCUGGGCACCGGUGCCGUGGACUGCACCCGCAAACGGAAAGGCAGCUGCACGGACUACCAACUUGAUGACUUUUCUUUUGAGGAAAGCAUGGACACAGACAAAGAUGACCCUCAUGGAAGGUUAGAAUACACAGAGCACCAAGGGAGGAUAAAAAAUGCAAGGGAAGCUCACAGUCAAAUUGAAAAAAGGCGUCGGGACAAAAUGAACAGUUUUAUUGAUGAAUUGGCUUCCUUGGUCCCAACGUGCAACGCAAUGUCCCGGAAACUAGACAAACUUACUGUGCUCCGGAUGGCCGUUCAGCACAUGAAAACACUACGAGCUCGUCUCGAACUAUUUGAGGAAAUUGGAAAGUGGGUGCUCAGUCAGAUCUCUGAGCUGUGUGGUGCCACCAAUCCAUACACAGAAGCAAACUACAAACCAACCUUUCUGUCAGACGAUGAAUUGAAACACCUCAUUCUCAGGGCAGCAGAUGGAUUUUUGUUUGUCGUAGGAUGUGACCGAGGGAAGAUACUCUUUGUCUCAGAGUCUGUCUUCAAGAUCCUCAACUACAGCCAGAAUGAUCUGAUCGGUCAGAGCUUGUUUGACUACCUACAUCCUAAAGACAUUGCCAAAGUCAAGGAGCAGCUCUCCUCCUCCGACACGGCACCCCGGGAGCGACUCAUAGAUGCAAAAACUGGACUUCCAGUUAAAACAGAUAUAACCCCUGGGCCAUCUCGGUUAUGUUCUGGAGCACGACGUUCUUUCUUCUGUAGGAUGAAGUGUAACAGGCCUUCAGUAAAGGUUGAAGACAAGGAUUUCCCCUCCACCUGCUCAAAGAAAAAAGCAGAUCGAAAAAGCUUCUGCACAAUACACAGCACAGGCUAUUUGAAAAGCUGGCCGCCCACAAAGAUGGGGCUGGAUGAAGACAAUGAACCGGACAACGAGGGGUGUAACCUCAGCUGCCUCGUUGCGAUAGGACGGCUGCACUCUCACGUGGUUCCACAGCCGGUGAACGGGGAGAUUAGGGUGAAAUCUAUGGAGUACGUUUCUCGGCACGCCAUAGAUGGCAAGUUCGUCUUUGUAGACCAGAGGGCAACGGCUAUUUUGGCGUAUUUACCACAAGAACUUCUAGGCACAUCGUGUUACGAAUAUUUUCACCAAGAUGACAUAGGACACCUCGCAGAAUGUCAUAGGCAAGUUUUACAGACGAGAGAAAAGAUUACAACUAACUGCUAUAAGUUUAAAAUCAAAGAUGGUUCUUUCAUCACACUGCGGAGUCGAUGGUUCAGUUUCAUGAACCCUUGGACCAAGGAAGUAGAAUACAUUGUCUCAACCAACACUGUUGUUUUAGCCAACGUCCUGGAAGGCGGGGACCCAACCUUCCCGCAGCUCGCAGCGCCCCCCCACAGCAUGGACAGCAUCCUGCCCUCCGGAGAAGGUGGCCCGAAGAGGGCCCAGCCCACUGUUCCAGGGAUUCCGGGGGGAACCAGGGCCGGGGCAGGAAAAAUCGGUCGAAUGAUCGCUGAGGAAAUCAUGGAAAUCCACAGGAUAAGGGGGUCAUCGCCUUCCAGCUGUGGCUCCAGCCCGCUGAACAUCACAAGCACGCCUCCCCCUGAUGCCUCUUCUCCCGGAGGCAAGAAGAUUUUGAAUGGAGGGACUCCAGACAUUCCUUCCAUUGGCCUACUACCGGGGCAGGCUCAGGAGAACCCAGGCUAUCCAUACUCGGAUAGUUCUUCUAUUCUUGGGGAGAACCCGCACAUAGGCAUAGACGUGAUGGACAACGACCAAGGCUCCAGCAGCCCCAGCAACGACGAAGCGGCGAUGGCGGUCAUCAUGAGCCUCCUGGAAGCAGACGCCGGGCUGGGCGGCCCUGUCGACUUCAGCGACUUGCCGUGGCCGCUGUAAACACUACAUGUUGCUUUCGCAACAGCUACAGUAUCAAAGUGCAUUAAUGGUGGAGUUUUACAGUCUGUGAAGCUUACUGGGUAAGGAGAGAACAGCUUUUAUGUACUGUCUUCAUAAAAGCCAUCUCAGAGCCAUUGAUACAAGUCAAUCUUACUCUGUGUAACUUCAGACAAAGUGGAACCAAGCCUGCUCCAGUGUUCCCUCAUCAUUGAUUAUUGGGCUAGCUGUGCAUAGCUUGCAUUAAUUGUAUAUUUUGGAUUCUGUUUGUGUUAAAUUUUUUUAAUCAUUGUGCACAGAGGCAUCAUUGGUAGCUUUUAUAUGCAAAUGGUCAUUUCAGAUGUAUGGUGUUUUUACACUACAAAGAAGUCCCCCAUGUGGAUAUUUCUUAUACUAAUUGUAUCAUAAAGCUGUUUAUUCUUCCUUGUAAGAAUCCUUUACUAUAAAUAUGGGUUAAAGUAUAAUGUA